AUGGCUGCUAAGUAUUUGGAUUCAAACGAUGCAGAAAGGAUUUUUAUAGUGGCUAACUUGAUUAAGGGUUCUACAAUUUGGAAAUAUAUUUGGGAAAGAAGAAGUAUAAUAACAGAGAAUCUAACAUGGAAAAUUGGUAAUGGUGGAAAGGCCAAAUUUUGGAGAGAUUCAUGGAAUGGUGAUAUACCUCUAGUUGAAGAAAUAGAUGACAUAGUUUGGGUUAAUGAAGUAGAAGCAGUGGUUGGGUCGUAUGUGGCUAAUUAUAUUAUGGAAGGGCGGAGGGAGUCAAAGUGGAUUGAAUGGAAAUCGGUAGGAGAAUGGAAGAUGGAAAAGAAUGUGGAACUAAAGGAUAUUCUAAACAAGAAGAAAAAAAUCAUCUAUCAAAAAGAAAAGGAUCAAUUAUUAUGGAGUGCAUCUAAAUCAGGAAAAUAUAAGGUUAAUCUGGGAUAUGAGAUCCUUAGGAGCAUAAAACAGAAUGUGGAGUCACCCUUGGUGUUGUGUUGGCACAAAAUGGUUCUACCCAAGGCAGGGGCAUUCCUUUGGACUGCUUUGCAUGGUCGCAUACUAACAAGGGACAAGUUGAAAACAAUUGGAAUUGCAGGUCCGAGUCUUGAAUCGGUGAGAAAUCAAUCAUUAAAAAGUUUUUUAUUGGCAUGGCCUUCCAGUAUUAAAAAAUCAAAAGGCAGCAUUAUGUGGGUGGUGAGUCUAGCUUUACUUGUUUGGCAUAUUUGGAAGGAGAGAAAUCGAAGAGUUUUCAAUGAGGAGGCUCUGUCUUAUGAUACACUAAUUCCUAAAUUAAAAGGAGCCAUAGAAGAAGUCAUCAAUGUGAAAGUAGUUGGCAAAAAGUAUAGUUCUUAUUCUUCAUGGGACAAAGAGAUGGAAAGACUCUGGAACUUAAUGAAGAUUAGUGGUUAUAAGCUAAUGGACAAGAGGCAAAACAAAGACAGCAUAGUAUGGUCUCCUCCAAUGACAGGAAAUAUAAAGGUUAACUUCGACGGAGCUAGCCGUGGUAACCCUAGAAAAUCAGGAUAUGGUGCCAUUAUAAGGGAGUAA